CUUGAACAUGAACAAUUGGCAUUAAAAAAGAAUAACCUUACAGCUUUAUCAGGAGGUGUUUCUAUGUUAUGUAAUACAGUAGUGCUUUUAAUAGUUUCAUUUCUGGAUACUGUUCCAUCAUGGCGACUGAUCGACUUUGUUUUCAAAUACCAUCUCAACGUCCAGCAGGAUAUAAGAAGUCAAAUCGUUCAUCUGAUUUGAGGAUUGUGCUGCUGGGAGUCUCUGGUGUUGGAAAGAGUGCAACAGGAAAUGCAAUACUGGGCAGAGAGGUGUUUAAAGAGAGCGGCACACUAGUGAGUGAACUACAGAGAGGACGAGUAGAAGACAGAAACAUCUCAGUGAUCGACACUCCAGGAUUCAACAACACUAAACUGACUGAUGAAGAGCUGCAGAAUGAAAUGAUGAAGAGUCUUUCUCUCUCUUAUCCUGGUCCUCAUGUCUUCCUGCUCAUCGUCAGACUGGACAGAUUCACUGAGGAUGUCAGGAAGAUUGUACAAAAUAUUCAGGAGAACUUUGGACCACAAGCUUUCAAGUUCACCAUAGUGCUGUUUACUGGAAGAGAACAAAUGACAAAUAGAGAAUGGGUGGUCUUCAAGGCUAGUAAACAAUUUCAAGAAAUCAUCAACCACUGUAAAGGUAAAUUUCAUGCAAUAAACAGUAAAAGUGAAAUUAAUUUGUCUCACAUCACAAAGCUUCUGAUGAAGAUUGAUGAAAUCAUCAAAGACAAUGAAGACCAGUAUUAUGAGUUUUCCCUGCAGUCAUUACAAAAGGUUAUGAAACAAGAAAAAACAAAGGAACAAGAGAAAGCAAAGGAAGAGGAAAGAAAAGAAUGUGUAAAAGUCAUAUGGGCGAGAGGUCAAUUCGACCCAAAUGGAGGUCACUGUGUAAUGGAAAAGAGCACAACAAAUAUUGUGCCUGACGAGGAAAAGGAUCAGAUUUCUCAAGAGAGAACUCAAGUGAAUGCAGGAAACAUUCAACAAGAAAGCAAGAAUGUUGAAGAGAAGAUUGUUAAAAAAUCGCAUGUAGAAUCACUGAAAAACAAGUUUGAAAGAAUGCAUGAAACCAAUGAGAGAGUCCAUACAGAUGUCCAGAAACGGAAGAAAAUCUGGAAUAGAGGAGCAAGCGUAGGACAGGAGCAGAGACAGAUAGCAACAGUACAGGUGACUGAAACAGAUCUCAGGAUUGUGAUGUUGGGGAAGACUGGAGCUGGAAAGAGUGCCACAGGAAACACCAUCCUGGGAGGAAAUCUGUUUAGAGAAGAAUUAUCUUCUGAAUCUGUGACUAAAGAAUGCCAAAAACAUCAACAGACAGUAGAGGGCAGAACCAUCUCAAUAACAGACACUCCAGGACUGUUUGAUACAUCGAUCAGUAAUGAAGAACUGAAGGAUGAAAUACAGAAGUGUGUAGAAAUGUCUGUUCCUGGUCCUCAUGCGUUCCUGCUGGUGACCAGACUAGAUGUGAGAUUCACAGAAGAAGAGAAGAACACAGUGAAAUGGAUUCAGAAGAACUUUUCACAAGAGGCGAUGAAUUACACUAUAGUUCUGUUCACUCGAGGUGAUCAGUUAAAAACAUCAAUUGAGGAGUUUUUGAAUAAAAACGAUGAGCUGAAAGAGCUUGUGCAUCAGUGUAAAGGCGGAUAUCAUGUUUUUAAUAACAGAGAAGAAAAUCCAGCACAGGUGACUGAACUGAUAGAGAAGAUCGACAGAAUGGCGAAGCAGAAUGGAGGAGAACAUUACACAAAUGAGAUGUACCAGGAAGCUCAGAGAAAAAUCAAGGUGGAGUUGGUGAAGAAGGUGGCUUUAGGAGUGGCAACAGGGGUAGGAACUGUAGGGGCAGUUGCUGGAGGUGUAGCUCUGGUAGCUACAGGUGCAGUGGUAAUACCUGCAGUUUUAGUUGGAGCGGGUGCUGUUCUCGCAGGGGGUUCUGGUGGGAAACUUAUUAUAGAUAAAUACAAAAAAACUUGUCCAGAAAAACAAAAACUGCUUGACGAUAUGGACUAGAUUUGACAUUAACCCUCAGAGCCCGACGGCAUCGUCCACGACAUCACACGGCACCUCCGAUAAAUAUUUAUAUAAUUUGAUGAAAGUUUUAUCGAUUUUCUUACCGUUUUUUCCAGCAGAAAGCUAACGAGCUAGCCAUCACGGGGGUGUCUUUGGUGUCUUUGUAGCCUUUACAGAAGGUUUUCUAUCCAGCCCGGAACUUGUGCCUCUUUUCGGAGUUUUUCAGCAAUAAAUCCAAACACUUACAUCCAAGAUUUAUCCACUUGAUGUCCAUAAUUUAUCAAUUCUCCAUCAUUUUUGCCGCUAGCUCGAUGAUAGCUGCCAUUUUGGAUAUCACAUGAUGCUUUGCGUGAGGUUGUUGACCAAUGACAGGCUGAUCCGUCUUCCACGUUGGUGUGCGUCAUUACGCAUGAACCAAGCUCUGAUAUUGUGGAGAGAGAAACGCACGGCAAAGUAGUUUUGAGGAGAGAGAGAGACGCACGGCAAAGUAGUUUUGAGGAGAGAGAGAGAGAGAGACGCGCCAGCAACAAAGUGACCAUGUACCUGUGCCAACAUCAGACCAAACUGAAACCAGCAAGAAGGCCUCCUAUGGUAGAAGGCAAUGUGUGAACUGCAAGCAGACAAGGCAGGUCAAACAGGCCACCCCCUGGAAAUGCAAAGCCUGUGAUGUGGCCCUCUGUGUGAUUGCUGAUAGGAACUGUUUUGAGGCUUGGCACCAGUGAAUGAGGCAAAAAACG